AUGACAACGAUUAAUGCAGUUAAACCUCAUUUUUGUCCCGACUGUCAUCAAAUAAUGCUUCCAAGAAGUUGUGGAGAUGAUUUAUAUUUUGUUUGCAGAAGACCAAAUUGUGGACAUUUUGAAAAAGCUGAAGACCCAACAAGUUUCUGUGUAUAUAUCAAAAACUUUAGUGAAACAAAAGCAACAACAGUUGCUGCAGAUGUGAGUAAAGAUCCAACAUAUCCUAAAACAACAAAGCUUUGUCCUCAUUGUGGUCAACAACAUGAUGCUGUAUAUUAUUAUUCUGCUCAUUGGAAUUAUAACUGUUCAUUACAAAUUAAUUACCAAUGUACUAAUUGUAUGUACAGUUGGGCUGAAGGAGGAAUUCCUUUUGAUAAAAAGGAAAAGAAAGAAGACGGGUCAGAAAAUAAUUGA